AUGGCCUCCUCCCUCUUCGCCUCCUCCGACGCUGACGACCCCCUCAGCAAGGCCCUCCAGCCCCCGCCCGACGAGUCCCCCGCCGACCGCGCGCGCCGCCUCCAGCAGCUCAAGGACGCACAGGCCAUCAGCCACAAGAUUGACGAGGACAUCCAGGAGAGCCGCAAGGCGUUCGAGCGCAGGAAAAAGGCCAUCAAGAUUCUCCUCCUCGGCCAGGCAGAGUCCGGCAAGAGCACCACCCUCAAGAACUUCCAGCUCGCCUUCUCCCCCCAGCACUUCCGCAGCGAGCGCACCGCCUGGCGCACCAUCGUCCAGCUCAACCUCAUCCGAUCCAUCAAGCGCCUCCUCGAGGUCCUCCAGGAAGAAUGGGACGACUCCACCCAGCCCCUCCGCACCGGCGCCCCCGACAAGGGCAAGGCCAAGGCCGCCGCCCUCGCCCCCAACCCGCCCUCCGCCCUCGCCGCCGCAGGCCGCUCCCCGCCAAAGGCCACCGUCCGCUUCAGCACCUCGCCCCUCACCGACCAGCACCGCCGCAUGCGCAUGCGCCUCUCGCCCCUCGUCCCCAUCGAAGAGCAGCUCACCCGCCGCCUCCUCCCCGACGCCAACGACCGCCUCCAGGACGUCUGCGUCCGCGCCGGCAGCGGCUGGAAGGGCCUCCUCGCCGGCCUCCAGCAGGACGGCGGCGCAAGCAAGGAGCCACGACGCCCGAGCACCGCAGACGGCAAGAAGGACGACCCCACCGCCGUCCUCGCCGCCUGCAGGGACGACAUCAUCGCCCUUUGGGAGGACCCCGUCGUGCGCGCCGUCCUCAAGCGGCGCGCCGUGCGCCUGCAGGACAUGCCCGGAUUCUUCCUCAACGACGCCGCGCGCAUCGCGACCAUGAACUACGAGCCCACCGACGAGGACAUCGUGCGCGCGCGGCUGCGCACGCUCGGCGUCGAGGAGCACCGCUUCACGAUGGAGAGCGGCGCGCUCCCCGGCUCCGAGUGGUACAUCUACGACGUCGGCGGCAGCAGGAACAACCGCCCAAUGUGGAUCCCGUACUUUGACGACAUCCAGGCCAUCAUCUUCCUCGCGCCCCUCGCCUUCAACCUCAUGCUCGAGGAGGACUCCAAGGUCAACCGCCUGGAGGACUCGAUCAUGCUCUGGAAGGAGAUCUGCCAGAACCCGCUCCUCGCCAAGACGACGCUGAUACUCUUCCUCAACAAGAUGGACAUCCUGCAAGCGACGCUCGCCGCUGGCAUCCGCGUCAACAAGUUCGUCCCCAGCUACGGCGACCAGCCCAACGACGUGCAACACGUCACAAAGUACUUUCGGGACAAGUUCCGGGGGUAUCACAAGCGGCUGUCCCCGCAGGCGCGCUCCUUCUAUUGGCACGAAACGUCCGUCGUCGACACGCGCUCGACGGCCGCGAUCCUCGUGGGCGUUCGCGAGGGCAUCCUGCGCGCGCACCUCCAGAGCGUCAACGUCAUCUAG